GCAAGGAUGAUACUAAACCUCAGGUGGACCGGCUAGCUAGCAAACUUCCUCGCCGUCCAUGCAUAGCGGUGAUGCCGAUCCCAUUAGCCCUGCUCCUGCUCCUCCUCCCCCACACCUCCGCCUCCACCACCGCCCCAGACGUCAGCCUCGACAACAUCAUCACCAACGCCGGCGCCGACGCCAUGGCCGGCAACAACUCCGAGGACGGCGGCCCCGCCUACAACCGGUACGUCCAGGACCUCUUCCUCACCGACGACGACGACAACCCCGAGGCGGUGGACGAGGCCCACGUGGUCGUCCUCACCGCCGCCAACUUCUCCUCCUUCGUCGCCGCACGCCGGCACGUCAUGGUCGACUUCUACGUGCCCUGGUGCUCCUGGUCCCGCAAGCUCGCGCCGGAGUACGCUGCCGCAGCGUCGCACCUGGCCGAUACGGGGCUCGACGUCGCGCUCGCCAAGGUCGACGUUGCCCGGAACAACCAGCUCGCACGCGCCCACGACGUGCUUGGCUCCCCCACCGUCUACUUCUUCGUCGACGGCGCCAAGGGCUACCGCUACUACGGAGAGAGGACCAAGGACGCCAUUGUCGCUUGGAUCACCAAGAAGCUGGGCCCUGCCGUGCAGAACAUCAUCACCGUCGACGAGGCCGAGAAGAUCGUCGCCGAUCAUGGCAUGGCCGUGCUCGCCUUCCUCGACUCCCUCUCGGGUGCUCACAGCGAUAAGCUUGCUGCUGCUUCAAGGCUGGAGGACAGCAUCAACGUUUACCAGACCGCCAGUCCAGAUGUAGCCGAGCUUUUCGGCGUUGACCCGGAAGCAAGGCGCCCGCUCGUAGUCAUGCUGGAAGCAGAUCAAGAGGGGAAGCUGACUGUAUCCCGGUAUAGACGUUCCAGUUUAUCCAAUUUGUUUUUGAACCACACCUUAGUGUAAUGUCUCACUGUCCGCCUCAAGAAACCGGAUUCUAUGUUAUUGUGCUCAAAAUAUUGAGACGUAAUUCCUUUGAUCAAGAGGACCAAUAUUUGUCUGCAAAAAAACACACUACAUUGCAGUGAAUUCUGCAUUCCAAUUUGCUUUUGCUAUAUAUAUGUCAUUCCAAUUUGCUUUUGCAAUCUA